AUCCAUGGUGUGUGUUGUGUGUGUUCCUGCUGCUUACAUACUUGCAUACACAGCUGAGGCCAUGGCUCCGUCCUGACGGCACCAGCUCACGGAGUCCGGACCAGAACUAUGACAGAACCUGCAUCUUGUGCCUGCAGAAAACCUCUUGUGUGAACGAUCAGUUGUGCAACUUAACCAUGAUGCCCAUGACUUUUGAGUUUUCCGGCAGCGUGACGCUGCUGUUUGACUUCUGGAACGUGCACGGCCCCGCAGGGAUGGUGCUGUCGGUUCUCGUCGUCCUGCUGCUGACGGUCUUCUACGAGUCGCUCAAAGUGUGGAGGGUGUGGUUGGGGAGUAGCUCCACGCUGGCUCCGCCUGCGUCUCUGUACGCCGCCCCUUCAUCCAGCCGCGGCGAGAGCAGCUCUGUGCUGGACAGUAGCCCCUCCGAAUCCUCACUCACCCCAUCAGAGUUUCCCCGUCACACUCCGAGCACCGGAGACAGGUCAGGCUGGUUGCUGCACAUCAUCCAGACCGUCCUCCACAUGCUGCAGGUGUGUCUGGGCUACAUGCUGAUGCUGUGCGUCAUGUCUUACAACGCCUGGAUCUUUAUCGGGGUCGUCGUGGGCUCCACGCUCGGUUAUUUCAUCUCGUUCCCUCUGCUGGAUCAGAUGUCACUAUACAAACAGCAUAGAUCCUGAAAUCAAGAUGAAAAAAACUGCAUUUUUUUGUCAUUUUUGGUGAGUUUGAAGGAUCACAUGUUGUGGACACCAAGUGGAAACCACUUAACUAAUUUCUGUGUGUUGGGUUGACAAAUAAGGGAAUUCAUUGUGUUCUCUGGAGAAAGCUGCUCAACACUGCUACAUACAACUCACCAGCAGAUGGAAACGGAAAAGUUGAAGCAAUUUAGUGUGUUCAGGUUUUGGUCUUGGGUGCAGGAGAAAGUGUAGGACGUGGUCAUGAAUGAUGUGGUCUUUGUCACGCAGAGUUCCUGGGCUGUAGUUCAGCUUCAUUUCUGUAAUUGCAAACUUCUCAGAGCACUCAGAGUGUGAAAAACAGUUUUAGAUAUCAGCGGGAGGCAGUGGUUUUAAAAAAUAAAAUAAAAGGAUAUACGACUGAAAAAUAAGAGGAAUGUUUCGCAAUCAACCGCAUCAGUGCCACAAAUCUCUUAGGUGUAAAUCAAGGGCUCAUCGCUAGUUGUUUUGUUGCUGUAAUAUUUUAAUCCUUGACAUGAUUUAUAAUUUAUUUCUAUGACACUACACAUAAUUUGAUAAUUUUCCACAACGAUGAAAAUAAAGACUGCUAAUGUAAAAACAAAGGUUUUUUUGGACUGUUUGCAAAGCUGUGUGUUAAAUGUUUGAUUUUUUUGAUGAAUGAAGUAAAAUGUCUUCA